AGGAAAAGUGGACGGAACGGGACGGAGUAAUGUACUAAUAUUGUUCUUAUUAUCCCCACUCCUCUUUCCCAUUAAACCCCACUUUGAUAACCCUCUUUGCCGGAGCUCCACCGCCAACGGCAAGUCUAUACCGACUUAGCAUAUUCCGGCGACCUCUGGUAUGGAUGCCGAGGAUGAAAGGCCUGUUUCAACUACAGAUCCUUCGACUGUUGUUGGUGAUAGUUCGACUGUGGUUAAUGCUAUAGGAGCAAUUAAUCUUACACCAGUUCAAGCUGUCGCUCCACCGGGCGUUCCAACUGUUACUCCUCCUCCUGGUGUGCCUGCAAUUGCUCCAAGGCCUGCAGUCCCUACCCCUAUUCCUCCCCCAUUAGCUCCGUUGCCUGUUCGUCCACCUGUCCUUAGGCCUCCGGUAGCACAGAAUGGAGAAGUUCGAGCAAGCGAUUCAGAUUCUGAUCUUGAAGAAAUGGGAUCUGAUCGUGGCACUGCAGAUUCAGCUCAAGAAUAUGAGAUAUCUGCAGAGAGCAAACUAGCCAGAGAGAGGCAGGAAAAAGCCUUGCAAGAACUUCUGAUGAAGAGGCGUGCUGCUGCACUGGCAGUCCCUACUAAUGAUAUGGCUGUUCGGGCCCGCCUUCGAAGGCUUGGUGAACCUAUAACUCUCUUUGGAGAAAGGGAGAUGGAAAGAAGGGACCGUCUGCGGAUGCUUAUGGCAAAGCUUGAUGCAGAAGGCCAGUUGGAAAAGCUGAUGAAAGCUCACGAGGAUGAAGAAGCUGCAGCUUCUGCUGCACCUGCAGAGGAGGAGGAUAUUCAGUACCCUUUUUACACAGAAGGAUCAAAAGCACUGUUAGAUGCUAGGGUAGAAAUCGCAAAGUAUUCUUUAGUUAAGUCAGCUUUACGUCUUCAUCGCGCAAGGAGGAAAAGGGAUGAUCCAGAUGAAGAUGUGGAUGCCGAGGUUGAUUGGGCUUUGAAGCAAGCAGGGAGCUUGGCCCUUGAUUGUAGUGAAAUUGGAGACGAUCGACCCCUUUUCGGAUGUUCGCUCUCACACGACGGAAAGAUGCUUGCAACCUGUUCUAUGAGUGGUAUAGCAAAGAUAUGGAGUAUGCCUCAAGUGCAAAAGGUUUCCACCCUAAAAGGUCACACAGAACGAGCUACUGAUGUUGUGUUCUCUCCGACAAGCAAUCAUUUAGUUACUGCUUCUGCUGACAAGACCGCAAGGUUAUGGAACUCAGAAGGUUCUCACCUCAGAACGUUUGAGGGACAUUUGGACCGUCUAGCUCGGAUUGCUUUUCAUCCUUCUGGAAAGUACUUGGGCACAGCUAGCUUUGACAAAACUUGGAGAUUAUGGGAUGUAGAGAGUGGUGAAGAGUUGCUUUUGCAAGAAGGUCACAGUAGGAGUGUUUAUGGAUUGUCUUUUCACCAUGACGGUUCAUUAGUCGCAUCAUGCGGGUUGGAUGCACUUGUUCGAGUGUGGGACUUAAGGACUGGACGAAGUAUCCUUGCUCUAGAAGGCCAUGUUAAACCGGUUCUUGGUGUCAGUUUUUCUCCCAAUGGUUAUCAUUUGGCUAGUGGCGGUGAAGAUAAUACCUGUCGUAUCUGGGACUUAAGGCAGAGAAAAUCUUCGUACAUCAUACCGGCUCACUCCAGUCUUAUCUCUCAAGUUAAGUUUGAACCUCAGGAGGGAUACUUUUUGGCUACAGCUUCCUAUGAUAUGACUGCUAAGGUAUGGUCAUCAAGGGAUUUCAAGCCUGUAAAGACACUAUCUGGACAUGAAGCAAAGAUUAUGUCAUUGGAUGUUGCGGCAGAUGGACAGUUCAUCACUACUGUGUCGUAUGAUCGAACAAUCAAGCUGUGGUCAAGCAAAAACAUCCAGAAGGAUGAGAAAAUGGACAUUGACUAGAUUUUUACCUAAGUUUGUAGGAGUCUACCAUUUUCUGGGAUCAUCAGGAAGAGAGUUGAGUAUGUUAAAUUGUUGUUAAGAAUCCCUGUAGAAAAUUGAAGCACAAGGCCCUUUGCUCAUUCUGUAUUUUGUAAAGCCUUCUUCAACAAAUGAAGUAGCGACAUAUCUUCUUUUUUCCUAAUGUAUUUUAUAAGCUAAUCAGAAACUCGAGAUGCCAAAAGGUAUUUUAAUUCUUAAACAAAUCCAUAUCUGAAAUAUUGUUAAUAAAACCAGUACAUUUCUUUCGUUGGA